AGUGCGGUGUUAGGUGUCUUGUGAUUCACUUCGAUGUUAGUUUCAAUAAAUUGUGAAUAUUGCUGAUACGGACACGCGGGAAAAACACAAUGAAAAAUCGAAAAAGAAACUUUUAUAAUCAACUGGGUGUCUAGCAAUUAAGUUUCAAAUAUUCGCCUGGUUGAGUAGUGUUUUUUUGAAUAUGAUCGAACAGAAGAAAAUAUUUUUAGUAUAAAUUGCACGCUCUUGUGUCGAGUUUAAGGCAUGUUAUGUAGUGCCCUACUGAGAAUAUUAUAGUGCGUACACAUAUAUAGUAUACUACGUACACAGUUCAUAGCGCUUGCAAUGAAUUCACACGACACACGACAACUGUAAUAUCUUAUUCAACAAUUCACGUCUUAUCUGAUGAAGCGAAAAUAAAUUGCCCCAACUGGACAGAACUUAAAUAAUAAAAAAUGAAAAUGUCCAGUGACCGAACUAGAUAUACAUUCGUACAACGAUGGAACCUAAAUGUGUUUAAAGACGAAUUUUGUGAUAUAUACGAAUAAAUUGAGUUAGGCAUCGGAAAAAUAAAGGUUUCGUUAACAAGUGCAAAAAUAUGCCGUUCGGACGUCGAUCACCUCUAGAAACUUUGGCAUUGCCAGGUGUAAUGUUGGCAUAUAAAUAUAGCCAAUUUCGACAGCGUCGUCGUGAAGCAGCCAGUCGACGUGUGACGGAACGAGAACUAACAGCUUUACAUCACAAAAUUGAUAAACUACUUAACAAACUUGAAGAAAGUGAACCAGAACCCCCAUCAUCCCAAGAAGAUGAGUGCGUUAUUUGUAUCAAUGCUAAAGCGACUAUGCAAACAUCCCCUUGUGGCCAUCGAGUCGUUUGUCGAAGGUGUUUUGUUAAAACAAUUCAGAGUGCAGUAGCUCAGCGACUUUUACCACUGCGUUGUGUUAUAUGCAGAGCUCGAGUAAAUAGACUUACUUCCGGUUCGGGUACAUGGAGAAUACAAGAAUCAGCUAGCAGUUAUUCAAUGGGUACCAACAAAAGUUGGAGUACCCUAGGAUCAUCACCUAGUUCCUAUAGUGUUGGCGCUGGCCGUGUAGCCCAAUCAACUAGUUUGUAUUCAAUGAGCUCCGGUUCAUCUUGUAUAUCAGGAAACUCUAGCAUUUCCAACUCUUCCAAUAGCUCUACGCAAUCAGGUGUGUCUUCCGUUUCAUCGAAAACAAAUGCUACCGAUAAUUUGCACAGACAUCAUGGUAGUUGCUCUAGCGGUUGUUCGGGUGCUAUUCCACGAAAUUCACAAUAUGGCAAUAAACGCUACGGACAUCAUCAAUCAAAAGGACGCCUAUCUGAACUGCAAAACCGUUUGCCUCCUAUUAAAGAAUUUAGAAGUCCAACCAAAGUUCCGAUGCCCUCACCGACCCACUUAAAUAAUCCGAAAUUAAGAUUCGCUUCUUACACUCAAAAACCGACUGCUGCCAAUGAAAAUAUUCCACUACUAGAAGGGCCCACAAAGACAGUAACACCCAAGCCAGGCAUUAGCUCAAAAGUGGCUCCAAUGAAUGUUAAAUCACCGAUAAAUACAAUGAACAUGGCGGCUGGUAAAGAUCAUCCUAUUCCCUCGACGUCACGUGGUCUUAUAUUGUUCAGUAAUAGUUGUAGUAAAUCCGAUGAGCGUGCCGAUAAUAGAAAGAAUGAAAAUACCGAGAAAAAGAAAAAGGAGGAGAAAUUAAAGCAGAAAGCUGAAAAGGAUGCCCGCAAGGAAGAGAAACGACUGGCGAAAGAAGAAGAGCGACUGGCAAAAUUAUUAGCAAAGGAAGAAAAAAAGAAAGGAAAACGAGAAGCUAAAGAGCUACUUAUAAGUGAUGGAAGAAGAAAGUAGUGGGUUUUUUUAGUUGUUCUUAUCUUUAAAUUUAAUUGUUCCCUAACAUGCCAAUUAUCGUUCGUUAAUAUUUUAAGACAAUUUUUCCCGAAAAGUCGUUAAUCCAACUGAAAACGUAUACCUUUUAUGUGACAAACUAGUGUUAAAAAUUACAUCGCUGUUCGCUUGUAAUGAUUGCUUGUUAACCGCAUAAUUUUCAAGUGGAGCAUCUUCCUUCAGCAUCCUGCAUAUCACACUUCUAUUUUUCAGUUUUUAUAUUUUCAGGCCGCCUUUUUCGUAGUUCUACAUACCUUUCGAAUAGCGUUUUCUUGUGGUAGAUAAUCUCCAGUCCGAUUCUAAAUGAUCGUUAAUUUCUUUCGUUUAACGAAUUGGUUGAGUAAGGUUCAACGGAAGUCAACCCUUCUGAAAUAAUCGGAUUGCUUGCGUAUCAUUCAAAUAACAAACAAAGUCGUUAGAGUUUGUCAGAAUGGAUUUUCUUAAGGAUUCGAUUGUCAGCCUGAAUACACCCAAAACAAGGCUCAACCUUCAUUCGAGUUGACCUAUUCAUUCUGCAGGUCUUCGUAUUUUAUGUGCUUGUUGCGAUCUUUUAUAGUGAAAAGUAUGUUUUAACUACCGAAGUAACAGAUUUCUGUUUCAAAAUAUCGAAAAUACGUUGAUCAAAAGAAGUAAUAGAUUCGAUAAUAAUAUUGGUCUGCCGUCUGUGAAAGGUUAAUGACUCGAAAUUUAUGUACAAAAGGAUAGAGAACAACUUAAGUUUUCUUAAGAAAAUAUAUCAGUUAGAGCUUAAGCAGUUGAACGUUUCACCUAUUGUUCUAUUGCCACCUAUAUUAUAAAAUGAAUCCUUUUUGCAUUCAUAAUUUCUAUCUAAUAAACUACUCGACGAUUAGCUAUUUUCUCAACAUAAACUUUUGCAAUUCAACUGCAUUUCAAGCACAUAUUUUUUACAGUUGUAACUUCCUAAACAGUUUAUACAAUCUACUUGCAAUAUAAGAAACUUACUUCAAUUUUUGAGUAAGAUAUCAAAAUAUCAUUGAGUCCGCAGUUUGCAGCAUUUACGUUUAAUUUUUCCAAAAACAAAUGUUUUAUCUUUCGCCAUUCUGGCAUUCAAAAAUUAAAGUUGUUUACGUGAAAAUUUGAUCUAUCGUCCGAAUCUUCCUUCUUCCCUGGCGGGGAACUCUUGAGAAAGUGAUGUUAUUUCGCCUACAAAAUUGACGUCACUCUGUAGACGGAAGUCAGGCUUUAAACUUUGGGGAGGUUACAUACAUCGCCAAUUUAUCAGAUUCUCGGGAGCACACCUUUUCCAAACAGAGAAAUUCACCAAAAUGUUAUGGUGAAGUUUUAGAUAAGUAGAGCGGUAUGCCAACCGCAUAAUAAUCUCCAAAGUACAAGACCGUAACAAAAGUCACGUAUUGUUAUUGUUCAACAUCCCUUGUAUGUGGCUCCCCAGUUUCAUCAUAUGCUAUUUUCUCCUAUUGAAUCUCUUCAAUUUAAACUGAUCUCAUCAUAAGAAUACAAUUUUGGUGGGUUUCGUUUGUUUCUUUCGUUUUAUUUGUUCCACACGUAUUCUACCACACAGAAGUAGCGUUUUUCUUUACGUUUCUUCAAUUCCACACGAACGUGUGAGUAAAACGAUACUCUUUACGCAUCUACGCAUCUUUUGUUGACAACAUGUAGAACGAUGUGGAACAAUUAAAACUGUUGAAUGCUAGCCAAUUGCUAAACAAUUGAGUUGAGUUUAUAUUUUGUUUAUGAGCUAAUUGUUUUUAGCUGGCAUUAUGUACUACUAUAUAAUUAAUUUGUCGUCUAAAAUUCCAAAAUAUUUUUUAGAAAUUAUACUUUGUCGAAUAAGAACUCAUACAAAGGCGCUGUGCUACAAACUUAUCAUUAAAAAGACCCCAUCAAUCUUUUAAUAAAAAUACAUUCAGCAAUAAUAGAAAUCAAUUAAAAUUCUUAAUUAUAUAACAAAAUGAAAGAAUUUUUAAAUAAAUUUACGAUAAUUUCCUAAAAAAGAAGAAGAAGAAAUUAGUGAUGAGUUGUGAGUUGUGAGAGUGAAUGUAAAUGAGUGUAAAUAUCGUAUGUAUGAUUAGCAUUUAUUAAAGAAAAUUAUUGAACUUUUAUACAUUUUAAUGGAAAGCAAAAGUGUAGAUAUUAGAAAGUAGUAUGGAAAAUUCGUCCCCUUUGUAUUGGAGAAAAACGUUACAUUUAUGAAAAUGGCAAUAAAACCCGUUUUUAUUAAGAUCGUUUCAAAACAUAAAAAAAUUUUCAUUUUAAAUUCGAAAUAUCGAGAACAACAGAGAAUUUACCAAAAAAAAAAGAAAUUAAUAAUUUUCGAGAUAAUCUUUGAAUUUGAUGCAUUGUCGAUUCCAUGCCAUAUUUACAUAUUUUAAAACAAACCAAUCCAUCUAGUUGAACACAAUAAUUUUACUUUUAAAACUAAUAUACUAAACGAUGAAUAAAAGAAUCCAAUUAAAACUUUGUCUAAA